AAUUUAUUUUAUUUUAUUCAGCCUCUUUUAUAUCUCUCUCAUCUUUUCCUUCCUCUCAUCUCCAUCUUCUUUCUCUAAUAUCAUCUUCCUCGCAAGAAAGUUAUAGACCUUGUUCAAGAGAAGGGUUAGUGAUUCUUUCUAGAAGAAGAGUUCUGGAUUAGUGUGAGAAGGUCUCGUUAAGCUGCUCCUUUAGGACAAUCGAGAUUUCAAUUCAACAAAUCAAUGGUGGUUUCACAGCCAAUCAGAGAAGAGGAAGAAGCAACCCAAACAGCCUCUACUCUCCAUCAUCAAAUGAUUCCUUCCGAGUUAACUCAAGACGAGUUCGCCGAGUUAACCGACUCAAUCACCGAGUUCCACACCUACCAACUCGGUCCGGGACGCUGCUCUUCCCUCCUGGCCCAACGCAUCAAAUCUCCGCCGGAAACCGUUUGGUCCAUCGUGAGACGCUUCGACCGGCCUCAGACUUACAAACACUUCAUCAAAAGCUGCUCCGUCGACGAAGGGUUCGAGAUGCGAGUGGGAUGCACACGCUACGUGGACGUGAUCAGCGGGCUGCCGGCGAACACGUCGAGGGAGAGGCUCGACCUGCUCGACGAUGAUCGGAGAGUGACGGGGUUUAGCAUCACCGGAGGCGAGCACAGGCUGAGGAACUACAAGUCGGUGACGACGGUUCAUGGGUUCGAGAGAGAUGGACGGAUCUCUUCCGUUGUUCUUGAAUCGUACGUCGUUGAUGUGCCGGAAGGGAACACGGAAGAGGAUACUCGUUUGUUUGCUGAUACUGUGGUUAAACUGAAUCUGCAGAAACUCGCGUCGGUUGCUGAAGGGAUGGAUCCUAACUCCGGCGACGGGAGAAACUCUCCGGUGAUGUGAAAUAUUGGUGGAGAGAAAUAAAUGAAUACGACAAAAGUUGGGGAAUAUUCUUCUUUUUUUCUCUUUUUAAUUGUAAUAUUUCAUUUGAAAGAACAUUCUUACUGAAUUUUAAUUGGCUCCUUUGAUUGCUAUCA